AUGAGAAUCACUCCAACGACAAGGCCCCCGACUCAGAAGAAGCGCAAGCAAAAGAAACCCAAGCACAACCUAAUGAAAGCUGCACCUAAACAGAAAAUCAGAGAGGAAAGAAAAUACAACUGUCGUGCUGAGAGAAAGGCCAAGACCAGAGAACACAUCAAAAAGAUCGAAGAGUCUAGGAAUCGUCUGAUCUCUACCUACCUGGGCAAAGACGUCAGCAAAGAUUUCAGCAAGCUUUCAGAAGAGUCGAAGCAGAAUCUCGUUCGCAUCUCUUUUGAGGCGCGUACUCAGACCGGUGAGUCUACGGAGAAGCAGCUCAAGCAUCUCAAAUGGGCAGCCACGACUUUCAGUACUGCUGCUCUGUCUUACUACGUCCGUGUCUUCAAGAUCGACAAACGCAUGCGGAAACAGAUGAACCAACCAGAACAAGAGGAAGAGCCGGUCAAGGAGGAGCUAAGCGAGGCGGCCAAAAUUGAAUCGAUCGAAACCUUGGACCAGCGCAGAAGGUUCCAGGUAUUGAUCCAACUGGCGGAGGAGAAGAAGCACGAGGACAAGGACGCGCGAGAGAGCUUCAACAGAUGGUCUCUGGCCCAGCUAGAUGGACUGUGGGGCCCUAGGUUCACCAAGGUGAUCCAGAACCAGCCAUACAGGGAUCAGAAGAAGAAGCUGCGUGCAUUGCUGAACAGACCACUUUCAGAGGUGCCUUUCAACGCAACCGAACGUAGGCUUGUGCAAGAACUUCUGUCUUUACUCAUGCGUAUUUCGGAGUCCAUCGCCCGUCAACCCUGGCCCGAGAGACCAACGACAUCGAUUGACACACUCAACCCCGAACAGAGACGUGCCAGCCGAAUUUUCUACAAGACAGGAAAGGUGAUUGAGCAGCGAGGCGAGCCGAUGUCAUUGGAAGACCUGCAAGUACUCAGCCCUGAAGAAAAACUUGCGGUCCAAACUUUUCAAAAAGAAUGGAAGGAGAUGAAGCAAGAAGACAACCUCCUUGAUGAACUUCGCAAGCGCAUCGAGAAGAGCUGGCCACACGGAUCCAGAGGUGGAGUCGAGAGACUUGGCAUCGAGGAGCUGAUCGAUUACGUUCGACUCAUCGACGAGAAGGUCAUGGGUAUCUCUUUGCUUCCUUCAACCGACUGCAUCCAUCACAUCAUCAAGAUCAGCGAGAGAACGUGGCUCAUGGAAAGCCGCUCCUCAGCCGACAACGGCUGCACUAUGCCGGCUGAGCUUCUCAAGGAGUUCGAUGACAACCUCUACAUGAAGGACGUCUACGACCACUGGCGAGAUACCAACCCUCCUGACUCGGAACGCCUGUUGGACUUUGUCAUGGAGGACUAA